UCACACACCCCAACCAGGAUUACGCCCACCGGGCCUGCCGCAGGAACGGAAGUGGUUACGGCCCUACUGAAUCCGGGUGGGUUCGCGCAGGCGGCCGCACAGGUUCCAUCUCUUUAACGUGAGCCCGCGGUAGGUGUGCGGGCCAGUUCGAGACCGCAGAGGUGGAGUCUCAUUCAGUCACCCAGCUGGAAUGCAGUGGCAGCCUUGACCUUCUGGGCUCAAGUGAUCCUCUUGCCUCAGCCCCCCAAGUAGCUGGAACUACAGAUUGUGGGAUUAGUGAUAUGCUUUUCUAAAGAGUAGAAAAGUCGAAGAUGUCUAGACAGAACUUAGUCGCUUUGACAGUGACUACCCUUCUGGGUGUGGCUGUAGGGGGGUUUGUCCUGUGGAAAGGCAUCCAGCGCCGCCGAAGGAGUAAAACAAGUCCUGUGACCCAGCAGCCGCAGCAGAAAGUGCUGGGCAGUGGCGAGCUGCCCCCUCCAGAAGAUGAUCAGCUGCACUCCAGUGCCCCCAGAUCUUCGUGGGAGGAACGGAUCCUUAAAGCAAAGGUGGUGACGGUGUCUCAGGAGGCAGAGUGGGAUCAAAUUGAGCCCUUGCUUAGAAGUGAAUUACAAGAUUUUCCAGUACUUGGAAUUGACUGUGAGUGGGUAAAUUUGGAAGGCAGAGCCAGCCCUCUGUCACUUCUACAAAUGGCUUCCCCAAGUGGCCUCUGUGUCUUGAUUCGCUUGCCCAAGCUAAUCUGUGGAGGAAAAACACUACCAAGAACGUUACUGGAUAUUUUGGCAGAUGGCACCAUUUUGAAAGUUGGAGUGGGAUGCUCAGAAGAUGCCAGCAAGCUUCUGCAGGAUUAUGGCCUCGUUGUUAGGGGGUGCCUGGACCUCCGAUACCUUGCCAUGUGGCAGAGAAAAAAUUUACUCAGUAAUGGGCUUAGCCUGAAAUCCCUCGCUGAGACUGUUUUGAACUUUUCCCUUGACAAGUCCCUUGUACUUCGUUGCAGCAACUGGGAUGCUGAGACUCUUACAGAGGACCAGGUAAUUUAUGCUGCCAGGGAUGCCCAGAUUUCAGUGGCUCUCUUUCUUCAUCUUCUUGGAUACCCUUUCUCUAGGAAUUCACCUGGAGAAAAAAACGAUGACCACAGUGGCUGGAGAAAAGUCUUGGAAAAAUGCCAGGGUGUGGUAGACAUCCCAUUUCGAAGCAAAGGAAUGAGCAGAUUGGGAGAAGAGGUUAACGGGGAAGCAACAGAAUCUCAGCAGAAGCCAAGAAAUAAGAAGUCUAAGAUGGAUGGGAUGGUGCCAGGCAACUACCAAGGGAGAGACCCCAGAAAACAUAAAAGAAAGCCCCUGGGGGUGGGCUAUUCUGCCAGAAAAUCACCUCUUUAUGAUAACUGCUUUCUCCAUGCUCCUGAUGGACAGCCCCUCUGCACUUGUGAUCGAAGAAAAGCUCAGUGGUACCUGGACAAAGGCAUUGGUGAGCUGGUGAGUGAAGAACCCUUUGUGGUGAAGCUACGGUUCGAACCUGCAGGAAGGCCUGAAUCUCCUGGAGACUAUUACUUGAUGGUUAAAGAGAACCUGUGUGUAGUGUGUGGCAAGAGAGACUCCUACAUUCGGAAGAACGUGAUUCCGCAUGAGUACCGGAAGCACUUCCCCAUCGAGAUGAAGGACCACAACUCCCAUGAUGUGCUGCUGCUCUGCACCUCCUGCCAUGCCAUUUCCAACUACUAUGACAACCAUCUGAAGCAGCAGCUGGCCAAGGAGUUCCAGGCCCCCAUCGGCUCUGAGGAGGGAUUGCGCCUGCUGGAAGAUCCAGAGCGCCGGCAGGUGCGUUCUGGGGCCAGGGCCCUGCUCAAUGCCGAGAGCCUGCCUGCUCAUCGAAAGGAGGAGCUGCUGCAAGCACUCAGAGAGUUUUACAACACAGAUGUGGUCACAGAGGAGAUGCUUCAAGAGGCUGCCAGCCUGGAGACGAGAAUCUCCAAUGAAAACUAUGUUCCUCAUGGGCUGAAGGUGGUGCAGUGUCACAGCCAGGGUGGGCUGCGUGCCCUCAUGCAGCUGGAGAGCCGCUGGCGUCAGCACUUCCUGGACUCUAUGCAGCCCAAGCACCUGCCCCAGCAGUGGUCAGUAGACCAUAAUCAUCAGAAGCUGCUUCGGAAAUUCGGGGAAGAUCUUCCCAUCAAGCUGUCAUGAUAGCUGCUUUCCUCCCAGUUAGGACAGGUGGGAAACUGGAGCCAAGGUCGAAGAGUCACCUCUUCCCAUUUUAAUACACCAUUAAUUGUCAGCGCCUAGGUGACACAACUCAGAAUACUAACUUAGAAUGAUCCCAGGAUGCUUCUGGUGGAGCAAGGAUAGUGUUUGAAGGAGAGCUUAUAAUUUUGGAUUUUAAAUGGGCAGGGUCUUUUUUCCUCUCUUACUUUUGUGGACAAGAGAGGCCUUUGCCCUUAUUUUUACUCUCCGUUGAAAUCUUCCGGAAGUGACUUGUCAGGACUUUCAAAAAAUGUUUUUAAUGCAUUUCUUCCUCAUCUAGUGCCUCAGUUUAUCUCUAUCAGGGGCUGUCCAGUAUAUUGGUCCUAUUAGGAGGGGAGAAAGUUCUUCCACAGGCUGGGGAGGUAAACAAGAAGUCAAAUUUAUUUUCCCAAUUCAACCUCAUAAUUAUCAUUUCUUUGGCUUCGUGCUGUCCUGUAACUCAUGUAGUUGGGAUCCAUCUCAUCUGCGUCACUUCAGUCUACUUCACAUACUUGAAAAGGCUUCCCUUUUACAUAUCCAGGACCAAACAGCAACUUCCUGCCAUGUGUUUCCACCCUAUAACUGUGAGAAAUCCUUUUCUGGAAAUGAGCCUUUGACUUGGGUGGAGCAGAAAGAACCACAAACUCCAGUAGAACUUUGAAAUUCGCCCAGUUUUUCCUUUCAUGCUGUUUAUUGCCUGCUUGUUGCACUCCUCCUGCCCUCAAACUGCAAGAUUUAGCUUCAUCCCUUUCUGAGAGGAAUAUUUUCUUUUAUCUGAGUCAGUAACAGUUCCCCUAUAUUUUGUUCCAUUAAAUUUGCAAGAUUGGCCUCUUUUAAGCAUUUAAUUCACUCCCAGAGUCAUCUAGUUAGGUUGCAGUGUGAGGACUUCUCUGUCUCCUCGGUAGCCUGGGACACUGAGAUUACUUGAUAUAUUAGAUGUUCAAAAGAGGAGUGUUGUUUCAUCUUUCAAAAUGUUAGGCCAUCACUUUGAGUAUAAAAUCAACUUAUUAAUUAUUAGUAUUUUUUUAAAGUGUUAGGAAAACUUUCUUAUUUUAUAAGAUCUUAACAAGCUUACAAAAUAAUUUUAUGACCAGAAUCCAACAAGAGCUCUAUUUUGGAAUUGUGCCCAAGUUGGCAAUGUUUGCUCUAAAAUUGAUAAAUAAAACUACUUGUAAGCA